UUAUUUUGCGUAAUAUUUUCCAAGUUAGACAACUCUGUACCAUUUCCUGUGAAAUUUGUCAACAAACAACAACGAAAUUGGAAGUACUUUCUCAUAUGGUGAUAUCUUAUGUAUGCCUAGUUAAUAGUAAUACUAGUUAUGUGACAAAUAAAGAUGAACUACCUAAAAUAUGUCCUAAAGUAUUUGACAAGUGUGUUGACAAUUCACAUGUUGACUCUAUUUUAUACAAAUGUGAUAUAUGCAAUAUCUUUUGAGGAAGCUUUGCCUUGUGAAAAUUUGCAACUGGGUCAGUAUGUAUGCAAAGAGCCAAUUGUAGAUAUAGAAACUCAAAGUGAAGAGAAUUGUGAUAAAACAACAAAAACUGUUCCAGUAGAAUGUAUGCCAGCAGCGAAUGUGACUUGUAAAUCAUCAAAAUAUGGUGGAGCUGAAGUGACUUUUAAUGGAACAACUCCUGGAUUUUACAAGAAUGUCUCAUGUCGAUGGACAAAUGGACAUUCAUUUGAAACAGCGCUUCUGUUGUCUGUCUUUUUAGGAAUGUUUGGAAUAGACAGAUUUUAUCUUGGAUAUCCAGCGAUAGGACUUCUGAAAUUUUCAACACUUGGAUUUUUCUUUCUUGGACAGCUAGUAGACAUAUUGCUAAUUGCAGCUCAAGUAGUUAUGCCUUCUGACGGAUCAGAUUAUAUAAUUGACUAUUACGGUGCAAGAGUGACAAGAAUAAGUAUGAAUGAAGAGACAUAUAUUCAGCCUUCUGAUAGUUAAUUAUAUACAAAAACAUUACCAUCUGCCUCAUCAGUGAGUUUACUCCUGAAUUGAGUAAACCUGAAUUCAUAGGGUAAAUAAAAUACUGUUGUGACUUUCAUUUCUUGCGUACCUUGAACCAACUUGAAUAGUCAUGAUAGUCACAUAAACAUUUACAGAAAGAUAUACAUGUACAUGUAUCAUACAAGAAUUUCAACUGAUCAAGAACACGUAUAUAUAUAUAUAUAUAUAUAUAUAUAUAAGUAUAAUUCAUCAAGUGUCAAUCUUGAACUUUUUUCAAAUAAAUUGUUGAAUAACACAAAAUGAUGAAGGUUUCUUGAAUUCUUCUGACUCCUGUACCAAAAUUAGAUUAUUGAAAUAAUUA